AUGGCCAGCGAAGAUGGAAACUCUACAUCGCCCCCCGACCCUAUGAUCCAAAGCACUCUUUCGCUGGGAUCUGUCGAAGUUGGACACAUGAUCAGUUGUUAUUCAAGUGCUUCCGCCUCAUGGCCCUUUAAUCCAUCGGCCGGGGAAGACUUUGUCAAUGUUGCUGCCCUUAGAUUUUUGUCUUCUCUCACUAUUAAGCUGGGCGCGGCGACUCUCCACGCUAUUACAGAUGGCAGACUUUGCUCGCGUGGCAACAAUGACAUCUAUUCAAUCGUCAAAGUCAAGCCGUAUUUGUUCCAGAGUUCCCCAGACAUAACCUUGAUGCAAAUGGGCAUCGAAAUGCUCACAUGGAUUGCAGACUGUGAGCAGGGAACUGGAUCACCAAAGAAGAGAUUGGGACUAUUACAAGAAGCUAUGAUUCUGUGA